GGAGUACCCCCGCUGCCGGACCUUGCAGGCGACAUUUUCCUCGAAGUCUUCACACAUCGUUCCCUGCGGUUCCCCGGUGCGCCCAUGAAUGAUGAUUUUGGAGACAGCGAACGGCUCGCUGUGCUGGGUGCAAAGGUGCUGGAGAUGAUCACUACAAACUGCCUGUUCUGCAAGAAGCCAAUGCUCAAGGCAGACGAAAUAGAGGCUCAAACAAAUGAGAUACUAUCUGAGGCCAAUGUGGAUGCAUGGUUAUCAGCAUAUAAAAUUCGAGAGAAACUACGAUGUGCCCCAGAUGCCUUGUCCACUCUUAACACCCCAAGGGAAUCUCAGAUACUCUUUAACACCUACGUUGGUGCUGUUUGGUUUCAGAAAGGACCUCGAAUUACCCAUGAAUGGAUUGGCCGGCUGAUUGAUCCAGACAUGGAUCCCCCACAACCGCCUGCGCCCCUACCGCCGACGCCGCGUGACAGUUCGAUGCCUUAUCAGCCACCUCCACCUCCGCCUUUGCCUGCCCCGGUGCAGGCGCAGGUGGGGAUGGCUUAUCUGCCUCUGUUCAAUCAGACUGCGUCUCAGCGUAGAGUGAAUGUGGAGUGGCCAGCCACGUUCAGCGGGCCAUCGCACGCCGGCAAAUGGUCCGUCAAGUGUCUAGUGAACGGCAUCGAACGGGGAUCCGGUGCUGGUCCUAGCAAGCAGCUAGCAAAGGAGGAUGCGGCGCAACAGGCGUUUUACGCCAUGGGGUGGGGUCCACGUAAU